CAUAUCGCAAAUAUGAAGCCUGAUUCUCAAAGGCUCCAUAUCACUGAGCAGCCUCUCACUCUGAGCAACUGGCAUCACCAUGUCAACUGGAUCAAUACCAGUCUGAUCCUCAUCGUGCCACUCUUCGGCUGUGUCGCUGCAUUUUUCACAGAGUUGCGUCUUGCCACGGCUACCUGGGCAAUUCUUUAUUAUGUCUGGACAGGUCUUGGAAUCACUGCAGGAUAUCAUCGUCUUUGGGCUCAUCGUUCAUAUGAAGCAAGCGUCCCCCUGAGAAUAUUCCUUGCCUGUGUUGGGGGUGGUGCUGUCCAGGGCUCUAUCCGUUGGUGGAGCAGCAAGCACCGCGCACAUCAUAGAUGGACUGAUACCGUCAAAGAUCCAUAUAGCGUUCGAAAAGGCGUGUGGUACUCCCACUUCAUGUGGAUGGUGAUGAAGCAGAACCCCAAGGACCGGGGCCGGACAGAUAUCUCAGAUUUGAACCAGGAUCCGAUCGUGGUCUGGCAGCAUAAGCACUAUGGCAUGUUCAUACUCGCUUUCGGGGUGUUAUUCCCUAUGGCUGUGGCUGGCCUAGGCUGGGGCGACUGGAAGGGUGGUCUAGUAUAUGCAGGCAUCUUGAGAUUCCUUUUUGUUCAACAGGCGACAUUUUGUGUCAACUCCUUGGCUCAUUGGCUGGGUGAACAGCCAUUUGAUGACCGGAACUCACCGCGCGACCAUGUUGUUACUGCACUGGUCACUUUGGGUGAAGGGUAUCACAACUUUCACCACGAGUUUCCCUCGGACUACCGCAACGCCAUUGAAUGGUGGCAAUAUGACCCAACCAAGUGGUCAAUAUGGAUGUGGAAGCAGCUUGGUCUGGCUUCCAAUCUCAAACAAUUCCGUGCAAAUGAGAUUGAAAAAGGCCGUGUCCAGCAACUGCAGAAGAAAGUCGAUCAAAAGCGAGCCAAGUUAGACUGGGGCGUGCCUCUUGAACAACUGCCUGUUAUUUCCUGGGAUGAUUUUUUGGAUGCUGCCCGGGACGGAAAAUCUCUCACUGUUAUUGCUGGUGUUGUCCACGACGUAGCCAGCUUCGUCAAUGAACACCCUGGCGGCAAGACACUGAUCAGUUCGGCGAUCGGAAAGGACGCGACGGCUUUGUUCAAUGGUGGAGUGUACAAUCACUCCAAUGCGGCGCAUAACCUUCUUUCCACAAUGAGAGUUGGUGUGAUCCGUGGAGGUGGUGAGGUCGAAAUUUGGCGACAGAGAAAUGGUGACAAGCAGGCCACCCUAGGUUCUCCACUUGCCUAA